CACUCGCGUUUAGGCAUUGCUAGGUGAAGCUAAGUUUUAAGGAGUUCAGUAAUUCCCUUAAAACAGCUUUGGCAAGGUGGAUUUUAGGCGAGACAACCAACUUUCCCUAAGCGCGAACGCAUCGGAAUUGAGCGCGUGCAACUGAAGCGUGAGAUCUGAGAUCACGGAGUAUGCAGUAACAGGAUACUGGAAUUGGGCAGAAGGAGAGAUUGCAUCUGUUUUCUGGCUCACAUGGAGGGUGAGAACCAUCUACAAAACUGGAACACAUUUAGGUGUUUUCUGUUGUGCAUUGCUGUCCUUAUCCUUACGACCGAGGUCAACGCAGGAGUGAAGAAGAGUGGUGGACCAUGUGGGGGGAGAGACUGCAGUGGUGGGUGUCAGUGUUUUCCUGAGAAGGGUGCAAGGGGAAUGCCUGGUCCCCUUGGUCCCCAGGGGCCCUCAGGCCCUAACGGUCGACAGGGAGACCCUGGUCUCCAGGGCCCUAAAGGAGAGAAAGGAGACCAUGGCAGAGGAGGCGUUAUGGGUCCAAAAGGAAGUGUGGGAAUGGAGGGUUAUCCAGGGUUUAAUGGAGCAGAUGGUGUUCCGGGCCAUCCUGGGCCGCCUGGGCCUCGUGGAAAACCAGGAGCUGACGGUUGUAACGGGACCCGGGGAGAAUCAGGAACACCAGGCCUUCCAGGAUUCGAUGGUGGACCUGGAAUAUCAGGCCGGCCAGGAAUGAAGGGAGAGAAGGGUGACCCUUUAGAUCUGUGGGUCUAUAUGCAAAGAUUCAGGGGAGAUCCAGGAGAUCCAGGUCUUCCAGGAUUUGAUGGACCAACUGGUAACCCAGGGUACAGAGGAAUGCCAGGAUUUCAAGGUCCUUUGGGUCCUCCUGGCGUUAAAGGUGUUAAAGGACAAAAGGGUGAAAGCAGUAAAAAAAUUAAAGGAAUGAAAGGAGAAUUGGGGGAGGAUGGAGAGCAGGGCCCACCAGGACCUUACCCCCAAAUCGGCACAAAAUUGCAGGGUAAAAAAGGCUUGAAAGGUUUUAAAGGUGAAAAAGGAGAGGAGGGGUAUUUAUCUACCAAAGGAGAGACUGGUGUGUCAGGGUUUCCAGGACACCGGGGGAACCCAGGACGAAAUGGCUUUCCUGGACCUAUGGGAGAGACUGGACUUCCAGGUUUCCCAGGAAGUUCCGGCCGCAAAGGAGACAGAGGAGAACCUGGGGAGCUGAUCGUUCCUUUCAAUUAUACUGGAGUGGGUCCUCCAGGACCUCCGGGAGAGCGUGGCCCAAUCGGAAGAUAUGGUCCUAAGGGUGCUAAAGGAAUGCCGGGGCCCCCAGGCCCCCCUCCCACUGAACAACAAACAGUGGAUUUGUGGGGUCCAGAGGGACCACAGGGAUCAAAGGGAGCCAAAGGUGAGACUGGAGAACCUGGUAAUCCUGCCACUGAGCCGGGGCUACCUGGCCUUGAUGGGAAGCCUGGAUUACCUGGACCACCUGGACCCAAGGGAUCAUUGGAAGAAUUCUUCAAAGGCGCACCAGGACCACGUGGACGUCCAGGAAAUGCAGGGAAAAAAGGACAGAAGGGUGACCAUGGUCUAUGUGAAUGCGAUGUAAGAUCCCCACCUGGUCCUCCGGGUCCUCCUGGUGAAACUGGGGACUUUGGCAUGGCAGGCGAGUGGGGUCAGGUGGGUGAUCAAGGAGAGCCGGGGACCAGAGGUGUGGACGGUGCACCUGGUUUCCCUGGUGCAAGAGGAUCACCUGGACCUAAAGGCAGAAAAGGAGAGCUGAGAUUAGCUACUCAGAAAGGACAACCUGGUGACCCAGGGGACCCAGGUGCUAAAGGCUUUCAAGGAGUGCAAGGAAGGACUGGGCUUGAUGGAAAAGAUGGGGAAUCAGGUUUUCAAGGACCUCCUGGAGAAGGUCCUGUAGGUGAGCCUGGAGACAAGGGAUACCAAGGUCAGGACGGUCCUCCAGGUCUAAUAGGUGAAAGAGGACAGCCUGGUCAAGUUUUUGGAGCAACUAAAGGUCUAAGGGGCCUUCCUGGAGACGAAGGACAAGUUGGUAUUGAUGGAGAAGAAGGGUUACCUGGUGUUCCAGGAGACUGUAGUCCACAAGGAGACGAUCAGUGGAGUAUUCCAGUGGAAUGUAUUGGUGAUCCCGGGCCCCCUGGAGAGAGAGGGCCGCCUGGACUUCCAGGGUUAGAUGGAUUUCCCGGACUGCAAGGUGAUAAAGGCUCAUCAGGUCUUUUUGGAGAACCUGGAGCCAAAGGAGAGAAAGGAGAUCAAGCAAUAGUAGGCCCACCUGGACCAAAAGGUUUUGCUGGACCUCGGGGCGACUUUGGAAUUCCUGGUACCAAAGGUGUGGAAGGAGCACCAGGCCUUUCUGGUAAACCAGGUUUGGAUGGAUUUUUAGGGGAAAAGGGUGAACAUGGUGAAGUUUUAGGAGCUUCUCCUGGUGCUGCUGGAGACCCAGGACUGCCUGGACAGAGGGGUGACACUGGUCCUCGAGGAGACCCAGGACCUCAAGGACACCAAGGUUUGGAGGGAAUGCCAGGUAUGAUUGGCCUUAAGGGUGAAAGUGGCCCUUCAGGUCUUCAAGGAGAGACAGGAACACCUGGACCACCAGGAACAUUUGGCUUUCCUGGACAGCCUGGUCAAGUAGGACCUCCCGGACCACCUGGAACAACCGGAGAGCCAGGUCCAAGUGGAGAAAGUGGAGAUCAGGGAGACCCAGGCCUUCCUGGGCCCAGAGGAGAGAAGGGUGUCACUGGAGAACCAGGAAGUGUUGGUCUACAAGGAAACAUUGGGCCACCUGGAAAUCCAGGACAAGAGGGGCUAUCUGGUAUACAUGGUCUUCCUGGGUUAAAAGGUUCCAAAGGUGGUCAGGGCAUGAUGGGUUUCCCUGGAAUGCCUGGUGAGCAUGGUCUGAAGGGCUUUUCGGGAAAGAAAGGAACAACAGGUGAUCCAGGACAACAAGGGGUUAAAGGACUCCCUGGCACUCCAGGUCAAAAAGGUGACAGAGGGUUGGUGGGGCCUCCAGGUGAAAAGCCAAUCAUACAUAUAACACCGAGUAUGAAAGUGGACAUGAAGGGAGCUAAAGGUGACCAUGGAAAAAUGGGAGAUUCAGGCUUCACUGGUGCCAGAGGUACAAAAGGUCUUCCAGGUGUUCCAGGAAUGGAGGGUAAAGAUGGACAUCCGGGUAUGCCCAGUUAUGUAAAAGGUACUACAGGUUUUCCCGGAGCAGAAGGCUCUCAAGGGCAAAAGGGAAUGCCAGGGCAUAAAGGAAUGUCUGGAAUUGAAGGUUUUCCUGGAAUGCCUGGACUCAGGGGCGAUAAAGGCAAGCCUGGUGCUUAUGGACAGACUGGAGAAUCUGGAAUCAAGGGGAUAAAAGGUGAAUUUGGUCCGACCAUCAGUCUUCCAGGAUCAACAGGACUGAGAGGCGAAACUGGCUUUCCUGGACCUUUUGGUGAGAAGGGGCUCAUAGGUAACACUGGAGACAGAGGGAGUCCUGGUUUUGAUGGCAUUGAAGGGAUGAAAGGCUAUCCAGGAGAACCUGGAAAACUUGGACUACCAGGCUCUGAUGGCCUACAAGGUUUCCAGGGAACCCAGGGUCAGAAAGGCUGGCCUGGCGUGCCUGGACAGGCAGGAACCCCUGGAAACCAAGGACACCCAGGACAAAAAGGAUUCCCUGGUCUUAAAGGCAUUUUUGGAUUGAAUGGCUUAAAAGGUCAAAAGGGUAUCAAGGGUGUUGCAGGUUCUGACAACUUGGGUCCUUCUGGUGAGCCAGGAGCAAAAGGAGAGAGAGGAGAGACCGGCAUCCCCAGCACAGAGCCUGGUGUCCCCGGAGAGUGGGGAUCCAAGGGUUUCAUUGGAGAUCCAGGUAAUAAAGGUGAAUCUGGGCAUCCUGGUGUACCAGGGCCUCAGGGUCAACAAGGAUUCUCUGAUAUAAAAGGAUCGCAAGGCGACUCUGGCUUUCCAGGCCCAAAGGGACUUCCAGGUUCCCCUGGUCUCAAAGGGAUCCCAGGUGACCCUUCUCCAUUUGGAGCAAAAGGAGAGAUUGGAAAUGCAGGCGAUUUUGGAUUGACUGGAGAAAAAGGAUUCCAGGGGGACACAGGACAAAAAGGACCAUCUGGGGAACCUGGAGUGUCUGGUAGAAAAGGUGAAAGUGGAGACCCAGGAAUGAUGGGAUACCCAGGAAGGCAUGGUUUGGAAGGCAAUAGGGGCCCUGUUGGACCUAAAGGAGAUACCGGACCCCCAGGUUUUCCUGGCUCACCUGGUGCUAAAGGACUUCCACCGGUUCCACAGAAACUACCAGGUGAGAGAGGACCACCUGGCCCAAUGGGUAUUCAAGGACCAGAUGGACGGAGUGGAAACCUAGGUCCUGAUGGACCUCCUGGUGAUCCAGGGUUUUUGGGUCCAAAGGGUGAAAAAGGCAUGCCAGGUGUCCCUGGAAUACCAGGAAAUCCAGGCUUCCGUGGAGAAACUGGACAAAUGGGCCACCCUGGUCUACAAGGGGAGGAAGGGACGCGAGGGGGCCCUGGUUUACCUGGUCCUAAUGGAAUGCCUGGCCGCAGUGUCAAUGUUGGCUACCUGCUGGUGAAGCACAGUCAAUCUGAGCAGAUCCCCAUGUGCCCUGUGGGCAUGUCCAAGUUAUGGGACGGUUACAGUCUUCUGUACUUCGAGGGACAGGAGAAGGCCCACAACCAAGAUCUUGGUCUAGCCGGGUCAUGUCUCCCCCGAUUUAACACCAUGCCCUUCCUGUACUGCAAUCCUGGAGACGUGUGCUACUAUGCCAGCCGCAAUGACAAAUCCUAUUGGCUGUCCACCACCGCACCAAUUCCCAUGAUGCCCGUAGAGGAGUCUGAAAUAAAACCAUACAUCAGCCGCUGCUCGGUGUGUGAAGCUCCAUCUGUGGCCAUCGCCAUACACAGUCAAGAUAUAACAAUCCCACAGUGCCCAGCAGGCUGGAGAAGUCUCUGGAUUGGCUACUCCUUCCUUAUGCACACGGCAGCUGGAGAUGAAGGUGGUGGUCAGUCUCUGGUGUCUCCAGGCUCCUGUCUAGAAGAUUUCCGCACUACUCCCUUCAUAGAGUGUAACGGGGCCAAGGGUACGUGCCACUACUUUGCCAACAAGCAAAGUUUCUGGUUGACAUCUAUCGAGCAGAACUUCCAGAGUUCCCCUUCCUCUGAGACACUGAAAGCCGGUCAGCUGUUGGCACGCAUCAGCCGCUGCCAAGUGUGUAUGAAGAACCUGUGAGCUGUAACCUGUGAACAACUUUGACACUAUUGCAGCGAAGCAGCAUCGUACUAAACACCAGCAGAACGAGCCAUGCCAAUACUUCAUUCCAAACGUCAACCGGAUGGCAACGUCACAAGUGAAAUUACUUCAUGUAUUUAAUGUAUCACAUAUGACGGCCUCAGAUUCCCUCUUCAACACUACUGUGUGCCUUAUGACUGAAGAUAUGUACAUGUGCAGAGCCAGAGAUGCAUUCAAGUAUAGCUCUUUACUUUUAUAUAUAUAAAAUGGUGCUUAUUUUCUAACUUAUUACCUCAGCAUUAUCAGACCUAAGUUAAUAUUACCAAAAACAUACAGCUGAACCAAAGAAGCCCAAGGUUUUGCACUUCUCCACCCUUCUGGGUUAUGAGUAGCACUCCUUGAAAGGCAGGGUUGGGAAUCAAGAACCGGUUCUUAUUAAAAACAAUUUUUUUCUUUUUAAAGGCAGUAUCUAUUUAGACUAAAUGCAUAUAGCAGACUUCGUAUUUACUCUCAGUACACUUAGCACAACUCUUCUUCCCAGCUAACAGGGAAUGUUGGCAAGGUUCUCUCAAAGUUAUGAAAACCAUUCUUCUAGUAACAUUGUUUUUUGGUUUCUGCACUUCGUGAUUAGUUCUGUUAAUGAUUCUGGAUGGUCUGCAUUCACCAUAAUAAAAUAUCCCAAGCCGAUCAGUGUUAAUCUAGUUUUCUGACAUCUGUGCAUAUAAAUCAACUUUCUAUUGUUUUAUGUGAUUAAAUACAAACACACACAUGCACGAAGCUUUGCAGACGUGGAGCAUGACACAUCUCAUAAAAAUGUAAUUUGAAGCACGACUGUUGGUUUAAUAAAUAUAACAAAGAUUUACAAAGACCGCUCAAUAGAAUCUUGUUCUGAAAGGAGCUCAUCAUUUGACAACAGGGUUUUUGAGGAUAGUGAUUGCAAUAAGAAUUGGUUUCCAAUCAUUGUCAAUUCUAUCUUCUUUAAAAAUGACUAAAAGAAUCGUUAACAGAACCACUGAGUUCUGAAUCUGAAUCGUUUAAUUCCAGACGAUUCUCAUCCGUAUAGAACAGCCCUGACAUCUAUUAGGAUCAACGGCACACUGAUUAACUGUUUGGCUACUUUAAAUAGUGCUUUCUGUUAAUAUUUGAACUAUUAUAUAAAUAUAAUCUCACCAGACUUACACUAACACCAUCUUCUGCUGCCUGUACAUUAUUUUUGCAUUGUGUUUGUUUUUUUGUUGUGCUAUAUCUGAACAGCUUAGAAUCAAGUAUUACCCACAUAUUGUGUAAUGUUGUCGCCUGACACUAUUACUAUUAGGUGGAGACAAAGAGUAGGGUGUUCAUUUGGUAUUUUGUUUCAUAAAGGUCAUAAACUCUUGAGACUUGAAGCUUUUAACUAGAGUUUUGUUCAGUCAGGAGGCUCUGGAUUCUGGUUUGUUUGAGAUGAACCCUCUCUUGGUUACCCCACUUGCACUGAUUUUCUCUGAGGUUUACAGGACACAUGUUCAGUCAUCAGAAGACUUAAGUUCAAUCUUUCUCCCUAUUUCACAUGCUCAAGCAGGCUUAAACGUGGUCAAGCUAUUUUGUACUUUGAGCAGCUUUGGCCAUUUUCAGUGCACAUAACUCAAGUAUUAUUGUCCUGAAGCCCAUAAACCACUAACCUGUCUUUGACACAAUUAAAAAGAACCAAAAAAAAAAAAAAGAUUAUAAUUCAAAACACUUUUUGCAUU